UAGCACGCCAUACAAUCUGCAAUUGUUUAGUCGUCCUGGGAAGCUAGGGAAGUGAAAGCUAGCACGUGGACAUAGGGAUUUGCCGUGUUUUGCUUUUAGUUUAGGGUGUUUUAGUGCCUUUUUGGACAGUGCCUUGGCAACGGCGACUCCGUAUAAGUAUCUGAAAGGGACAGCGGACUGGUGAGGCGGUUUGAAUCUGCUUUGUUAUGGCGGACAAUGUUGACGAGGAUUCUCAGUACCGAAUAAAAGAGGGCGACUACGUUGUGUUGAAACGGGGAGAUAUCUUCAAAGCUGUGCAAAUUCAACUGAAGAAGAAGGUGAUUUUUGAGAAGCAGUGGUUCUUCCUGGAUAAAGCUGUGGGCCAGUUGUACAGCAGCACAUUUGAGAUUGUGUCUGGAGGGAUCCUGCAGCCACUGAAGCCCAAGGACACAGAGAGCCCCACUGAUGCAAAGGAGGCAGGCACAGACAACAGGAACAUUGUAGACGAUGGAAAAUCCCAGAAACUGACCAGGGAUGACAUUGAGACGCUCAAAGAGCAAGGUCUGAAGGGUCAGGAAAUCAUUCAGCGGCUUAUAGAGAGCAGCUCAACAUUCCGAGAUAAGACCGAAUAUGCCCAGGAUAAGUACAUCAAGAAGAAAAAGAAAAAGUAUGAAAAUACUGUGACGAUUCUAAAACCGUCCUGUCGCAUCCUGGCUAUGAUGUACCAUGGCCGGGAACCGGGGAAGAUCUGCCACCUGCGGUAUGACACACUUGCCCAGAUGUUGACUCUGGCAAACAUCCACGCUGGCAGUAAAGUUUUGGUUUUUGAGACUUGUGCUGGCCUCGUGCUGGGAUCUGUCAUGGAAAGAAUGGGGGGCUAUGGCUCAGUGAUCCAAAUGUACCCAGGAGGUGGGCCCGUUCGGGCGGGUGUGGAGAGCUUUGGCUUCCCAGAACAUUUUCACGAUAUGCUGCAUGAGUUUCCCAUCUGCCAUGUCAACGCUCUGCUGGCGGGCACUCUGGACACCACCGCCAAAGAUCCCAGUGCAGAUUCAAAGAAAUCCGACAUGUCUGCAGAAGAGGAGCAAAACCAGCCUAAGGCAGAACCAGAGGAACAGAGCAUGGAGACCAACACUGAGGCUGAUGGUACCCAUGACCACGAGAAAGAUGAGCGGGAGAAACUCAAAGAAGCCAGAGCUCAGGGAAAAAAGGUGAAGCAGGAGGAGAAACGGAAGAAGCUGGCAGCUGCUGCUGCCCUGCUGGAAGGCAGGAAUGCAGACGGGUUGGUCAUAGCCAGUCGGUUUCACCCGUGUCCAGUCCUAAUGGGCCUGCUCAAAUUCCUCUCCCCCUCCAGGCCUUUUGUUGUCUACUCCCAAUACAAAGAGGCUCUAAUUGAGUGCUACACAAAGCUCAAGGACCAUGGCGGUACAGUCAACCUCAGGCUCACAGACACCUGGCUCAGACAUUACCAGGUGUUGCCUAACAGGACACAUCCUGUGCUACUGAUGAGCGGGGGCGGGGGAUACCUCCUCUCAGGAACAACGGUUGCCGCGGACCGCUCCAAACCCGCAGGCUCCCGGCGAGCUGAGGAACCAGCAGCAAAGAGACUGAAACUGACAGACACUGAAGGAUAAACAAAUACAGAAGAAUCCAUCUUUUAAGGGCACGUUACCAAUGGCCUAUAAAGAUUCUCCUCCAGCAUGGACUUCUUUCUGCUGAACUGAUUUGACACAUCUGGAAUAAGGGGGACUAGAGUGUCAGGUUUGCAUUCAACAGAGCACUUUUUCCUGCCAUGUGUUCAGAUCAGAGCAGAUAAAAGUUGAUAUGCUGAGGAGCAAACUAUAAGCCAGUUUAGACAGGGUAAGCUCAGUGUAUUGCGUAAGGAAUUUCUGAAAUUUAAGUUGAGAGUAAGUGACAAUUUGUUUUUGAGUUAAUGCUCUCCAUCUUCUAGGUUAUGAUUUUUUUUAUUGUACCUGCAGAAAGUGCCAUUUGUUAGGAUCUAGUUGCUAAUGCAGCUUCACUGUGGGUUAAAUCUAUCUGCACAGGAUUAAAAAAGCAGUACUAAUCC